CUCGAAUGCAACAGAGUCAAACUCGGAAAUUAACAAGAUCAAGCUCCCAAGAUCAAACUCUAAAUGAAAUAGAGACAAGCGGAAUAAAGCUUCAAUCUGUAACAACCAUGUCAGCCAUUCCAUACGAGGAACACACCGUCACCUAUGGCGAAGACUCCAAGUCCAUCUUCUACCUCGCCGCAGGCCCUCGGCAAGGUCCCCUCAUCAUCUUCGUCCACGGCUGGCCUGGCAUCGCCAAAACAUGGCAUCCCCAGCUCCAGGCCUUUGCCAGCCUAGGCUUUCGUGUCGUGGCUCCCGAUAUGCCCGGAUAUGGCAGAUCAACUGCCUCCACCAACCCGACAGACUACGCCCAGGAAAAGAUCAUUCAGGGAGUCCUCGCCGUGCUUCACGACACAGGCCGAGAACAGGCCAUCUGGGUAGGCCAUGAUUGGGGCUGCGCUACCGUAUACAUCAUCGCAAACACCCGGCCCGAAGUCUGUCGAGCCGUCGCAGGGCUCGCCAUCCCCUACGGGCUCGUGGAGCGCGGCAUGACGGCGCUCCUCGCCACCGUCGACCGCCAUGUGUAUCCCAAGGACGAGUAUCCGUACGGCCAGCUCGGCUACAUGGCCUUCUACGAGCAGUUCUUUGACAAGGCGAUUGCCUUCCAGAACAAGAACCCGCAUAGCUUCCUGCGAUUUCUCUUCCGAAAGCCAGAAUGGCUCCCCGAGGGUGCCCCUUCGCGCCUGGCAAGCACCCUCAAGGACGGCGGCUGGUUCGGCGGCAUCGACAGCCCUCCUCCAGUGUCAGCCGUCAAGGACGAGGACCUCAUCAUGAAGCUUGACGUCUUCCAGGAGCUCGUGGCCGCCAUGGAAAAGACGGGCUUCCGGUCCGCUGGCUGCUACUACCUGAACCACGAGGCCAACGGGGCGUAUAAUCUCGCCAACAGCAAGCACGACGGCAAGCUUCUCAUGCCGGUGCUCUUCGUCUCCGCAAGAUGGGACAGCGUCAGCGACUCCGCGCGAAACCCAAGGGGCACCGUCUAUAUGAGGCAAAAGUGCGAGAAUCUGACGGAGACGAUCAUCGAGGCUGGGCAUCACGUCGCGGCGGAGAAGGCCGAGGACACGAAUGCGGCGAUUGCGAGAUGGCUGGUUGAGGAGGUCAAGGAUUGGUGGCCUGGGUUCUGGAGCAACAGGUUUGCGAAGCAGCCGUCAAGGACUUGAUAAUGGGUGAGCAUUAAUGUGGAACUUUCUUUGCAAUGCCAUUGAGUUGAUUAUAUAGUUUUGGAAGCGACUUGUCAUGGACACAACUGCUAUUCAUUCGUCAGAAUAUCUAGAGCGUCAUGAAUCACUAAUAGUAAAUGUAACUAUCACUUUCACAAAAACUCUUUCAAAAAAUGACCUUGUAAAAGGCUCAAUCUCUUUAAUCAAAAGGAAAACAAAUAAAUAUUACAACGCCAUGCCAUCUGUUCCGCAAGCCACUAUCGACUUAUGCAAAAAAUAAAAGUUUCUCCCUUUUCUCUUU